UUUCACAGUCUAUAAGGAAGUCGUGUCCGGAAAUAUAAGACUGCGCAUGCUGAUUGCAAUUAACGUGUUCAUCACUUUUAAAAUGCAGAAUGAACCCAAUGGGAUAUUCGUCUUUGACAGAAGGCAAUCACAGGGAAGACGUUACUCGAGAAGACCUCAUUCGAGACUAUUUCUACGGUGGGUACACAAAUCUAGAGAUUUGUGGUAUCCUGCUUUUACGACAUGAAAUAGUUAUCAGUAUAAGACAUCUGAAAAGAAUAUUGGCGAUGAUGGGACUAAGAAGACGAAUGCUGCAAAACACUGUUGAGGCAUCUUAUGCUAUCAUGGAGGAAUUAAAUGGAAGUGGUUCUUCUCUUGGAUGUCGUGGACUACAGCGUCGUCUUUUGUCACAUGGACUCGUGGUUUCAAGAGAACAGGUUUUGGCCAUUCAAAAGGAACUGGACCCUAUUGGUGUUUUGGAAAGAAAACAGAGGCGUCUAAAGAGAAGAGUAUAUCAUAACAAAGGCCCUAAUUAUCUAUUGCAUGUCGAUGGAUAUGAUAAGCUUAAAAGAUUCGGUUUCGCAAUUCAUGGAUGUGUUUGCAGAUUUUCUCGACGUGUGUUGUGGCUAAGAGUAGGCAGAUCAAACAAUGAUCCCAAGGUGAUCGCCUCAUAUUUUUUGGAUUUCUUAAGAGAAUUGAGAGGAGUUCCAAGGUGUAUAAGAUCAGAUGAAGGAACAGAAAACUGCAUCAUCGCUGAUAUUCAAAGGGCUUUUCGGUGGUAUCAUGAUGAUGAUAUGGCUGGAGAGAAAAGUUUUCUUACAGGAUCAUCACCUUCAAAUCAAAGAAUCGAACGAUGGUGGUUGUCCAACAAACAAGGUGGUGGACAAUUCUGGAUUGAAUUUUUCAGCAAUUUGGAGCACAUGGGAAAGUUUUCUACCUCGGACCAUGUUCAGCUGGAAUGUCUACGAUUUUGCUUCACAAAACUUGUGCAGGAUGAUCUUAAUAGGUGUGCUCAGGAGUGGAAUCAACACAGAAUUCGACACACAAAGUCUGCUGAAUUGCCUGGUGGAAAACCAGACUUGAUGUAUUAUCUUCCAGAGUUAUACGGUACACAUGAUUUCAAAAUGGAGAUAGAUAUGGCUGAUGUGGAUGCAGCUGAAGAAUUUUGCAUUUAUCAAAGUGCUUUUGGGUGUUUGCCAGAAUUUGAAGAGGAAUGUAAAAACAUUAUGUUUGAAAAUUCGCUGUUGUUGCCAACAAAUCAUAGUGAAGCACUUGCAUUGUAUGAAUGGCUCGUAUCUUACUUUAAUGCAUGAACAAGAUUGCUGAUGAACACCAUGUACAAAUACAUGUAAUGAUAUGAAAAAGAGUUAUACAAUAUCAUUCUUUGUAAAUUGAGCAUACAAGUAUGUUUUCAGAAAGUUGCA